UUCUCUCUCGGUGGUCACCCAGUUCCCUUUGGCUGCCUUGCAGAUAACAAAAUCGUGUCCCACCUGCUGGUGGCCGAGCCUGAGAAGAUCUACGCCAUGCCUGACCCUACCGUCCCCGACAGUGACAUCAAGGCCCUGACCACGCUGUGUGACCUAGCUGACCGCGAGCUGGUGGUCAACAUCGGCUGGGCCAAACACAUCCCAGGUUUCUCCACGCUGUCGCUGGCAGACCAGAUGAGUCUACUGCAGAGUGCGUGGAUGGAGAUUCUGAUCCUGCGUGUGGUGUACCGCUCGCUGUCCUUCGAGGACAAGCUGGUGUAUGCUGAGGACUACAUCAUGGACGAGGACCAGUCCAAGCUGGCAGGUCUUCUUGAUCUCAACAACGCCAUACUGCAACUGGUGAAGAAAUACAAAGCCAUGAAGCUGGAGAAGGAAGAGUUUGUCACUCUCAAGGCUAUCGCUCUGGCUAACUCAGACUCCAUGCACAUAGAGGAUGUGGAGGCGGUGCAGAAGCUCCAGGACGUGCUCCAUGAGGCCCUGCAGGACUACGAGGCGGGCCAGCACCCGGAGGACCCUCGUCGGGCAGGCAAGCUGCUGAUGACCCUGCCUCUGCUCCGCCAGACCUCCACCAAGGCCGUGCAGCACUUCUACAGCAUCAAGCAGGACGGCAAGGUCCCCAUGCACAAACUCUUCCUGGAACUGCUGGAGGCCAAGGUCUGAUUGGCUAACCACGUCAACAACCCCCAAUAUGUCAGUCUGUCAGUCGCACCCAGCCUCCUCCCAUUGACCCCCCCGCCCCUCGUAACCCCACAUGACCCCUGAACCUCCCAAACCGCCGCCCACUGAGAGGGAUGGGCGGGACUAACCUCUGAACUUUAACCCCUGACCUCUGUGCAUAAGGGAAGACACUGACACUGAGACGAGACCUCUGCUGGAGGGCCGUAUGUGUAUAGAUUAUAGACAAGUCAUAAACCAGUUACCAUAACAACGGCCCUGUAAACUAUUGACUAUCAACCACAAGUCACUUAUACAUAUAAGAAUGAUUAACGAUGUGAUUAUUGACUAUUGACUGAUGAAAAUGUUUUAAACGAGGAAUUUAAAAAGAAAAGAAGAGAGACUGUUCUGCUUGUGUCAGCAGCAGAGAGACUGUAAAUCUUUCUCAACUUCUUCUCAGUUUCCCAACAGUUUUUACAGGAUGUGCUGUUGAAGAAAACGUUUGAAAAUGAACAAAGACUUUUUGUUGAUGAUUUUCAUGAAGAAAUGUGUAACGGAGAAGAGAAGAGUGGAAAGGAGGAGAGGAGACUUGCCCUGCCAAAGGAUGGAGAUCCAUUCAGUGGAUGCCAGCAAACUUUACUAUCAGCCCCUGACACCUCCGGUUACUCCUAAUAUCUUCUGAUACACCUCCCUUCCCCAAAAUACCUUGUUCCCCCAGUACCCCACCCCAAGUAUUUACCUCUUACUGCAGUCUGGCCUGCUUAACUACAGUAUUAUAACACACACACACACACACAGUCUUGUACAGCUAACUUUGUGGGGGCACACACUUCAGUCCCAUUCAAAAUCCUAACCCUAGUUCCUAACCUUAACCCUUAAUGUAAUUAUAACCCUAACACUAAUUCUAACAUUAACCCUAAACCCCAUAGAAAUAGCAUUUGACCUCGUGGGGACUAACAAAAUGUCCCCAGUUGCUCAGAUUUUUGUCCAUUUACGCUUCUUGUGGGGACUUCUGGUCCCCACAAGAAUAGUUAGACACGUCCACACAUACAACACACACACACAGUCCCCAAUGUGCCAGCCUAAUAACAGAUCGUUGUCAUCACCCCCAGCCUUUCCCUUUGGGUUUGUCCAUUUGAAUCACUUACAGCAGUUAGACUCCCUCGUUGCCCUUUUCGGUUAAGUCUUCCAGAGGGUUUCGCAGACAUGAUGUAGUGGCUUGAUGAUUGUUGUUACUUUUUGAGGGAGACGGGGAAGCUUUAGUCACUCAUGCAAUAUGGACGAGAGGUACAGGGGCGCUGAAGGGACACAUAUUUAUGGUUGUUUUUCAACUUGUUUGAUCUUAUUUUUAUUGAAAUGAAUAUAAGGGUGUAAAUAUAUGAUCCGGUCAUCAUAUAUGGUCUACAUGAUUCUUUUGUUUUGUUUAUAUUGUGUUAAUAAGAAAGCAAUCAAUAUAUGUGUUUUUCUAUCAGCUUUACCAGUUUCAGCAAUUCUAUACGGAUAUAUAUAUGGAUCGACUCUUAUCUUCUCUAAGCAAUAGUCAUUUAAAAGGAGGGUGCAUAUUAACAUGUAUGCCGUUCAUGUUGGUGCCAGUCUUCGUUGCGGGGGAUGUUAGCAUUUCUACCAGGUGUAGCUUCUCUCUGUGUGCUUGCCAUAGGCUAUUAGAUGACAUAGUCCUAGAAUCAAGCUAACCCAAGGCUAGGGAGGCACCGUGAAUGUGCAGGCAAGCAGGUAACUCAUUUGACUCUUAAGACCGCCAUUGUACCAAGAACAGUAAUCUGUAGCCGAGAUAUAAUACUAGACUAGCACUUAGGAAAGCUUUUAACAGCGGUGGGCUCAUAGGAAGGAAUGAGGUUGGGAUUUGGUCCAGGGUUUUUGUACGCAGAUUAAGAACGCCAAUAUCCAUAAUCUAGAUGAUGAUGUACUCUAUUAUAAAAUGGUAACUGGUUCCAGUUGAGAAGCUAAACGAUAAGUCAAGUAACCUACGUCACUCUCUAUAACAAAUAUGUCAGUAUUAUUAGUAAGGGGUAUUUUCUGAACCUUCUAAACCAUUGUAUAUUGUAAAUUAACAGAUUAUAAUUCUAACCUAAGACAUUUUAUUGGAACAAAACACAAAAAACACAAAAAUACAAAAACAGAAAAAUGUAGUUCAGCCUCUCAGUGUUUCAUGUUUGCUGUGCUUUUCUGAAAAACGUUCCCUUUUAUUUAGUUUUUUUUCCUUCACCUUCCCUUCCUUUUCCCUCCGUUGCGUUCGACGACGUCGGCGUGUACUUUCUCGUGGUGGUUCUCGUUCUCGUGCCGUGCGCUUUUUUAUUUUAGACACAGGGUAGAAGUAGAGACAACGGUGGAUGUACCGGUCCUCAGGAGAUAAGGGGCGGCGGGUUCUCACAUACCUGCCAAUUUACCAAGGAAACAAGGCUCUUCUUCCUAGUUAGUUCUGCUAGAUCAACUGAUCCAACAACAUCAUCAUCAUCAUCAUCAUCAUCAUAAUAACCUGUACUGACUUAGAAGAGAAUAACAAGUAUCUAAAGGAAGAAACAAAGUAUAUAAAAAGGGAUCAUUUGUGUAACUUUUUCUUGUAGAAUAACAAUGUAUAUCUUAGGUUUAAAUAAAUAAAAAAUAAAAAAUAAAUUUCCCAAACGAUAGAUUACUUUUUUUGAUAACUCGCUGUACAUACUGCCUUCCUUCCAUUUAGAAACAGCCGCGUUGUAACAUUAUCUAACCUCUGAGGUUGCAAAGGACAAAAAAAACACAAAAAAAAACGUUUUUUUAUUUUUGGAGUUCAACUCGUUUCCAAAACUCUCGCUUUAACUUUGUGUGCUUAUUAAAAAUAAAAAAUAAAAAAUAAAGAUUACAAUGUUGUUAUUUUCUAGGACUAAUGGGGCGGGGGCGGGGGUGGGGGGGGGGUGGGUGGUGGUUAUGUUUCUAAUUCAUUGAUCUUCUUCCUUGGUCUUGUUUGUUAACUACCGUGUAUGUAUCAUUGGCUAAACAUAAAGAGACCAUGGUUUGGAGAAAGUACUUCACUGAAAGUACUUCUGUAAAUUCAGGCUUCAAUUCAAUCAAUUGCAGACUGUGAAUGUUAAAGCUGUGUUUGAAAGACAGGUGUGGUUUUAUGUCAAUAUCUAAUGGCAAUAUUUUAUGCGAGAGCAGCUUGCUUGGUGAGGCAAUUUUAGCACGGUUACACCUCAGAUACCGUGUGAAACCGCAAUGUGGUUUUACUUGAUCUGCAGUUCAUUGAAUUGCGGCCUGAAUUCUCUACAGCCGCUGAUGAGUGAGACAAUAAUGUCAAAGCCCGUUUUUGCGAAACGUGUUGGCUCGUCUAUCAUUUCCAUAACACAACUCCUGAAAGAGAGGUGCUGUUUAUCUUUUUCCCUGUCAGCUUCUGUUUUUAGUUGAUGUCUCUGUCGAACUGUUCCCAUGUUCAAACCGAUACUAUGUACUGACCUAUAAAAGGAGCUGAAAGAGUACACAACAGUCUCUCAGAGGUGAUUUAAGCUGAGCUGAAUUGGACAUUCAAAUAGUUGAGGGCAAACCAUGGAAAUAACAAAAUGAUAAUAAUCACAGCCUUUUCAGAGAAUAAGGUCAAAGGCUAAAUUUGACAACAUAGUAGGUAUCAGUCUCAAGACAUAGUUAAGCUGAUUUAGCCACAUUGACUAUUCAAUAUUCUUAGUUAACAUUUUAAAAAAUGACCAUAACAACACAUGAUAAUUCUCAUUACGAAACUGCUUGUGUGUAGAUUGUUGCCACAAAUGUUGUUGGCUGAUACACAUAUUUCUAGCGGCUUAAAUCAUGCUGAGGUUUUGCUAUGUAUAUUUCAACACCUUCUAUGAAUCAUAUUGAAGAUAGAGAGAGAGAGGAGAGUAAUUUAGCCAUAACGAACGAGGGCGUUUAUUCUCCCAACGUGAUUUUGUUAUUUAAAGCAAUAUGACUGUGCAACAGACAGACGGUCGGACAGACGUUGCACUUUGUGUUUGAAUUUGAUCAAAAUGCUGUAUCUAUUGGACUAUUUUGCAAUUAAACGGUACGAAAUAAGGAAGUGAACAUGUACAAACAACUGCUAUAUUUUAUGAGAAGCGAAGGAGGAGAAUAGGGAGUGUUAGUCACGUAUGUAUUUAUGCCGAGGUGUAGCCUAAAUACCACUUGUGUGCUCGGGUUAUAACCUGGCAGUUUGACAUGCAAAUGUAUGAAAAAUAAACAGGGGGUGGGGGGGGGGGUAAAGAAAGACGGAAAAACAUGAAACAAUUAUAUAUGAUUCACAUUAUGAAAAAAAAGAAUAAGUUGAAUCUUCCGACCAGGAGUUGCUGGGACGCCGUGUAGUGAGAAACAUGUCCGUAGUUGUAGAUGUGCUUCACAUCAGUUAACGAUUACCUGUAUAUUUUUGUGACGUGUGUAUCAUACAACGUGCUCCAACAAUAUGUCCAUUUGUGUAAAUGUAUUUAUUUUACAUUGUAUAUAUUGUCCAAUGCAAAAAAGAGAGACCUACGAUUCUGUAACUACGAUCGGUUCAGAUGUGUUACUCCAAUCAUGCCUUUCAGGAUAACGGUAGAGCAAUAUUAAAACAUGCUUCCAGGUUUGA